GAUGUACACGAAACUCGCCCUUCUCGCCGUAGUGAUUGUAGCCGUUGUAGCGGUACCAACUCCAGGAGGAGGCGGUGGACACAAACACGUGACAAUCCACGUGCCGUACAAAGUUCACACCAUUCACCACCACCACGUUUCAAAAGUACAUGUGCCUGUGCACGUGCCUGUUGUGAAAGAAGUACCUGUUAUUAAAGAGGUACCCGUUAUCAAGCACGUACCCGUGCCCAUCGUACAACACGUUCCUGUCCCCGUAAUCAAGAAGGUGGAAGUUGAAAAACAGGUGUUUGUACCCGUCCAUCAUCACCAAGAGGAGCAUCAUCACCACGACUGGGAAAGCGAAUCGCUGUCGCAUGGCUGGCACUGAUUUUUAACCAAUACAAUAAUUAUAUAUAGGUGCAAUUUAACUGUUUAAGAUAUUUUGUUAAAAUAAGUUCGUUUGUUUUUUUUUACAAGUUCAACAACUUCUUAGUUAUCUUUGUUCUGUUAUUCGGUUUUCAAAAUUUACAAACAAUAAUCUUACACCAGUCAAAUACGAGAUAAAAAGGAAUUAUCUUUAAUAGAAAGCUUCAGUAUUGAAUAUUACAUCAAAUAUUGUAAUAAAUGUUACGUGUUUUCCGUUUAAAAGAACAAAGUUGUUAAAUCGAUAUUAAAUGUAAAAAAUUAAACCAACUGCGUUGUUCAAAAAGUUACCAUAGUAUGUAGGAACCAAAGACAAAUAAAUAAUUUUUUACCCAAAAA